AUGGAUCGAUAUCAGAAAACUGUGCGAAAGGUUAAAGGCCUUAGUUUGGAAUUGGCCCUCCAGUACGUGAUGCCCGCCUUAAGACCGGGCCCGUUCAAGGAUAGUGUAUGCCGGAACCCCCCUCAAACGAUGGAGGAGUUGCGACAACGGGCGACCGACGAAGCUCGGGUGGAAAACAUGAAACAGAAUUACCGGCGAGAACAACAGGAGGCUAAGGCGGAGAAAAAGGACAACAGAAAGGUAGAAGGAUCUGGAAAUAGGCCGACCGGAAGCGUUGAGCACCCAGAUCUUACCAGCACCAGCAAAGAGACCGACCCUCCGGGGGCGGACCUAAGCAAGCGUUGUUUGUACCACCAGAAUUCCGGGCAUGAUACAGAAGAAUAUGUGACGUUGAAAGAUAAAAUUGAAGAACUGAUCUGUAUGGGGCGACUGCAACAAUACAUCAAGAGGGAGGACGUACGACGUCAUGAGGAACUGCCGAGGAGUGAACAUCCCUAUACGAGGUUCGAAAGUCCUCCUAGGGAGCGAAGAAAGGAGGGCAGAAGCCACCGAGAUUACGAUCGUCCGCCAAGAGAUGAGGGAAGACGGACGACCCAAAGGGAUAGAAGUCGAAGCCGAGGGAAUGAGCAACGAGGACCUUUGAGGGGAAUGAUUAACACCAUCUCCGGAGGCUUCGCCGGAGGAGGACCUACGUCCUCCGCGAGAAAGAGAAGUAUCUGGGCUUUGAGAUCCAUAUACACGCUGUGGAUGUACCACGAAGAACUAUGCCACCCAUUACUUUUUCAGAUGAAGACUUCCAUGCCCCGGACCCCGACCAAGACGAUCCGAUGGUCAUCGAUAUUGAAGUAG